AUGCGGUUGGCAUUUCCAAACUGCCCGCACUGCUGCACACGGAGGACGCUGAGCCUCUUCAUCCGCUCACUUACAACCCCUCAGUCUGCGUUCCCUGCAAACCGCCUCCCGCUGCUCUCCCCGCACCCAUCUCGAUUCCGGUCUGAUAAACGGCCGCCACCCAUCUACGAUGCGUCGUUAAAGACACCAAGGAAGAAGAAGCUGCUGCAGCUAGAGGCCGACGCCGCCGCCGCCGCUAAAAGCAACGAAAUCCAAGAUGCGCUGACAGACGAGCUGUCGUCGCAGCAGCAGCAGCGAAAACCCUCGCGUCCCGCAUGGGCGAUCCAGAAAGAAGCGCUCCGCGAGAAAUUCAACGGCGAAGCCUGGAGUCCGCGCAAAAAACUGUCGCCAGACACCAUGGAAGGCAUCCGCCAUCUACACCACACACAGCCGGAGAAAUUCACCACGCCGAUUCUAGCCGACCACUUCAAAGUGUCGCCGGAAGCGAUCCGGCGCAUCCUCAAGAGCAAGUGGCGGCCGUCGGACGCAGAGUACGAGGAGCGCAUGCAGCGCUGGAACAAGCGGGGCGAGCGCAUCUGGGAGAAUCUCGUCGAGAUGGGUGUGAAGCCGCCGAAGCGCUGGCGCGACAUGGGCGUUGGGCGGGCGAGGGACGGCGAGGUGCCGCGCUGGAAGUCGCGGAGGAGGAAUCUGGUUGAGGUCGGGGAGAGCGGUGAUGGCGCGGAUGUGCUUGCGAAUUACCUACCCGAUGAGGAUAUCCUGCCUACGGUGGACAAGCAUGGGAGGUCCAAGACCGUGCCGAGUAGCGUGCCGUUGUCGCAGAGGCUGUGAGGACAUCUGCAGGACUGGCUUUGGCAUCUUAGAUCUACCUUUAUUACUUGUGUGGUGUACUGCUUAACAGACUCGUUUACUCUGGUUCAUACAUUUGUUCUCAUACGAGGACCACGCGUUACGCGGCCAUGUGUACGCAUACAUACGUGCAUUUAUCCAUGUCUUGUUUCC